UGAUCAAAGCAAUAUUUUCUAUCAUAACGUUUAAUUUGUAAAAAUCCUUUAUUAAUAUUUUAACGUCGUUGAUAUCAUCGUAUUUUUAUAGACAAGAUCAAUUUUUUUUACAAGAAAUUGGAUCAAAUAUCCUGUAUAAACCGCUACAUGUGCCAGCACGAGACGUAUCUCUUUACACGUUCGCUGUUUUCAAUCUUCUCUCUGACGUUUGUAACGCGUCACGAGGACGUGAAGGGAUACCACAAACGUAUCGCGGACACACUCUACAGAGGCUAUUAUAAAUUCACUAUAGAUGUCAAAGCACACAUUUCUUGUACCUCUAUAUAUAUACCUACCUACCUACCUACACUCACUUAUCUAUCCGCAAUUGACAUGAGAAACAUAUACAGGAUGUUCCAUUUUAAAUUUACAUGAAUACCUUUGAGACUAUUGAUGAUGUCGAAAAUAUUCUAGAAGAAAAUUGAGAUUUGAAAGGAUAUAAUUUGAUGUGUCAAUAAUUUUUUAUGUAAAUUAAAAAUCAAUUAUUUAAUUUUAUUUAAAUGUAAUUUUAUAUUUUUUAAUUCAUUAGAAUAUGUUGAUGUUGCUCUACUUUCCCUAUAAAAAAUAUAUUAGUUUGUAGUAAAAAAUAAUCCAAUGAUAUUUUCAUCGGUGAUUUCAACAGGAACUCGACACGAUUAACUUCUUCAAUCCGGUAUAAUUGGAAAACUUCAUUUAAUCAGGUUUUAUAAAAAAAGUGUAUUUGUGCCAAAAAAAGUCAUUAACAUAAAAGACAUUUUUAUUUUAAUGUAGAGAAAUAAUACUCGCAUGUGCGUUAAUUUCAAUAUGUUUGUGCAUAAUUUCUUCUACGUUCGUAUGAAUGUUUGUAAACAGACAUGUACAGAAAGCUUUUAUAUGAUCAAUGAUUAUUUAAGAUUUUCUUAUCUGGUAAAUAAAUAUCGCAUAAUUUACUUGUGAAAUUAAAAAUAAGACAAUUCCAAGUUAUUUUAUUGACAAUAAUUUUGAAAGAAUAACUAAGGAAUUAGGUUGACUAUAAUAUCAAUGAAUAUAUUAUCGAUCUGAACUUUUUUAAUGAUAUUUACUGGAAAUGGAUAUGCGAGGAUUUUAUGCGAUAAACUUUUAUUGCUUUUGGGAGCUUCUGCGACAAAAAAUGUGAUUUUAACACGACAGUAUUUUUACUCAUUAUUAUCGUAUAACUCGAGCUACAUUAAAUGAGAAGUUUUCCAAUCGUUGGAUUGAACGAGCUAGUCGUAUCGAGUUCCUAUCGAGAUCAGAGGUGAGAAUGUCACUCGAUUAUUUUUUAAUGACAUUAUUGGAUUACUUUUUGUAAAACUAAUUAAAAAAUGAAGUACUACAACAAAAACGCACUACUCCAAAAUACUCGAAGCAGAGAAUGUCUACAGGUAUGUCAACGAAUUUACAAUAAAAUGCUUGAAAAGAUCAAUAGAUCCAAAUUUUUGCAUCCCGAUUGAAGGAUCUUCUUUUGAACAUCAACUUUAAGAAGGUAAAUAUCGUACUAUUAAUACUACACGUGCGUCCAAUUCACAUAUUCAAAAGUAUACAGUUCCAUAUGAAAACCAUAAGCCUUUCCCUGACGAAAAAAAAAACAACUUUAACAUAAGAUUCAAGAAUCCUCGAAAUUCAUUCAAUUUAUUUGAAUAUUUUUGCGAUAUCAUCAAUAUCUCUUCCAAGAUAUUCACGUGGAUCGCUCGAAAUAUGGGACAUCCUGUAUACGAGUAUCUCUCUACACCCACUCUCCCUGUCUCCCCCUCGCCCUUUCCUCCCUCGUACACUGCUGGUAAUGCGUCACAGCGACGCCCGCGUCGCGUCGCGUCGCCUCGCGUCGUCUCGCGCGUGCUCCCUUCAACCCCCAGAGAAGUCGCAGCCAUUGUCAGAAGGUCGGUCGGUCAGCUCGAUUCGAAACGCGCCUCCGUUGUGCGCGUAACACACCCUUUCGUCACGCGAGUACCUUGAGCGAAAAGCGAGUGAACGAGCGAGACGGACGGACGGGGGUGAGGGGGAGAAAAAGGGAAGAAGGGAAAAACGCGAAAUGUGAGAAAACAAUCGUUCGUCGACGCGAUGAGACGCAAACAUCCCCUCGACGCCGAUUCCGCGCGAGCAGCACCAGCACCAGUACCAGUAUCAGCACCAGUACCAGUCGACGCCGUCGUUACCUCCGCUUCUGCCAUCACCGUCGCUGCCGUUCCUCCUACCGCGUUGCUGCACCUUCUUGCCGCCAAGGUCGCGAGCAUGAAGAUUCCGCCUCUCUCAUGACCCAGCAUCGUGUGAGCGCACAUGUGGACGACGAUAAAUCACCUUAGCGAGAGGGAUGUCUGAGAGCGACGGAGAGCAUGCAGCUCGCUCGGUGGCCUUAGAGCAAGCCUACGUCCACGAAGUAUACGAGCAAUGUGCCGAGAAGACCUCGCAAAGUAAACACUGGCCACGAGUAUAUCAGUUUCUUCAGGAACUUGAACCGGGUGCUCUCGUCUGCGACAUCGGUUGCGGCAACGGCAAAUAUCUUAGCGUAAAUCACAGCAUCUUUAAGAUAGGGGUGGACCGAUGCAAGCGGUUCACGGACAUUGCGCGAGAGAAGGAAAACGAGGUUCUGAUCUGCGAUAAUUUGGCCCUACCAUUCCGAGAAGAGAGCUUCGAUGCGGUGCUGUCGAUCGCCGUGGUGCAUCACUUUGCCACCACGGAGAGGAGGGUACACGCGUUGAAGGAGCUGGCGCGGAUUCUCAGGAUCGGAGGUCGACUCGUUAUAUCCGUUUGGGCUAUGGAACAAAAGCAUAGAAAGUUUGAAUCGCAAGAUGUUUUAAUACCUUGGCCCAAGUCAUAUUGCAUGAGCUCGGCAUCGGAUGGAACAAAGCACUCGGGUGUAUCAGACGGUAACGAGAAGCGAGAUGAUGAUACCGCUCAGAAAUAUCCAUCAUCCUCCAAAAGAAAUAGCCAACAAAAAUGUAAAAGCAAGAGUUAUUGGAUCGAUCCGAUAUUCAGUUUGUCACCAUCCAGUAGCAGUCUAUCUAGCCCGAAUGAGACUUGCUACAGUUGUUUCCGGCGAGCGUUACAGAAAUUAGCGAGAAGUAGACGCGGAGGAGGCAGUCGUGCAUGGUUUCCUGGAAGCUGGCAAAGCGGUACCAAGAGUCGACGGCACUACGACCCCGAUGAGAUGACUGACGUGGACGAGCUGCCAAUCGAACUGCGUCGCGUGGAAACUACGCAUACGCUAACGAUGACAAACAAGCGUUCCACAGAUACGUUAAACAUAAAGUCCAAGAGCCUAGGUGACAUCUUAGAGAUCGAACGACUCGAUUUGGUGCGUUCCCGAUCUAGCAUCCCGGGAUUUUGCUCUACGUCGGAGCUGAUCCUAGAUGAGCGAUCGGUCUCAUCAUCGUCGAGUGGUUCGAAGCCGCGAUUAGUGAAACAAAAAUCAUGUGUGGAGGAGACCGGUUUGGAGAAUCCCGAAGACACUGCCAUUGAAAAUCUGAUCAAGGACCUUCCGGACUUCUCUCGCCAACCGUUGCGCAAGCACAAUGUACCAUUGAAGCAGAAUUCAAUGAACGAGGAAUUAAUGUCGGCGGAACGAUUGGAGGAGAAGGAGCGAGUACGCCGAAAUAUCAUGAAGCAGGCGUCACUGAACGAGGAGCUAAUCUGUAAGUGGCGAACGUUUGAAGCGUUUAAAGAAUCAAUUAGUCCAGUGAGCGCCAGUCGGCGCUUUCAAUUGCUGAAGAACGGACUCACCAGCAAAAUUAAGCGUUCCACCACGAAUAUCGAGAAGGUCUCCAGUAUGUCCAUCAAAAACGGAUUCGUUCGGAUGCUACAAGGUUGGAAAUCUUGCGAGAACGAAUCGGUAUCUACCGCGACAGCUGAAGUAACGACGAAGCCGAAGCCGGCGGACAAUAAAAUGCAAUCAGUAGCAUUGGUGAAACGUAGCAUUGAGGUUGUCGAACGUCGUCUUUCACGCGAAGACGGUUCGGACUCGUCCAAGGACAGCAGUUUACAGAGCGACACCAGCGUUGAUUCCGAGGACAGUUUUGCAUCAGUGAUUUUCGUGCCGAAGCAAGACGUCGCUGUACCGACAUCUUCAGCAUCCUCGUCGGUUAACGAAGUAUCUUCCGCGUCGCGACCGGUAGCAUUGCAACUCGGCACGACAUCGGCACCACCAUCGCCGCGUGUCAAACAGCCACCGGAUAGUAGUCAGUCCUCCAGAUUCAAACUGCUCGACAUGUCAUCAUUAUUGAAGCAACAAUCGGCCGUCACAAAUACAGAUACAAAUACAAAUACGAAUACGAAUGCGUGUCUCGGCGACGCAAUCAAGCCUAGUGCACCGACCAUCAUCUGCAAGGAAACGUCCGGUAACACCUUGCAGACGCCAAGAAAACUCCGUUUGAUUACAGAACCAGCGGAGCCUGACAUCGAACCGGACACCGCACCGCUGAUACGUGCCUUCAACGACGUCAAGAUAGCUAGUCGUGAGCCGAUUACAAACGAGGAUGACAACCGAAAUGCUAGGUUAAAUCAAAUCAAGGAGCUGCUCAUAGCAAAGCCGGGUUUUGCUACUCGCACUAGACCGUCGUUUCCACUGGUCAGACGAGCCUCUACGGCGGUUUCGGGUCGUUUGGAGACUGUAACGAGGAUUCUACCGCGUUUACUAUCUUUAGAGUUAUUCAAUCCGGAGACAGAUGAUCUGGAUAGCGAUUCCAGCGGUGUCUCGUCACCGGAAUCAGUCGGCUCGGUGAUCAGCGUCACAUCAGAUGAAAGAUAUAUCGCGAGAAAGGAGGCUGUAGAGAAGAAGAAUAAUGCACAGACGAGUGAAGGAGUUUCCAAGUCAAACGGAGACGACGUAUCAAAGAAUACGAAGGAAGCUGAAACUAUACGUGACGAAUCGUUGAGUAUGGAAACCACAGCAUCAUUUGAGGAUUCGAAUACAUCUCUGGAUCCUCCGCGCGACGAUUUGCCCGCGGGUUUCGAAGAUAAUGUACUGUUUGCGGAAACCGACAUGAUGCGCGACUCUAUUCAAAGUAAUUUAGGAGUUGACACGAUCCGUUCCGCGUCGCGCAUACUUUUGGAAAGCGGAAAAUCCAUAUCCUCGCAAUCUAUGAAGCUUCUCGAGGCUGCUGCUAACGUGGCAAGUUCGCUGGAGGAUGCUGUAGAGACAGCAAUUCAACGCAAUACUCAAGUAGAACAAUUCUCGCAAUUGUCGCAGGUUACGCAACAACGGAAUAAUAAUGGCAUCUGGUCGCAAUCAAGCGUGCGAACGCGAGCAUACUUGAAGCAAGAUCGUAAGUCCGCUUCGGUGGAUUUGGGUGGCUACGCCGACGAAUCGAGCAACGAUCUCAUACGAGACAUCAGUCGGUACUGCCAGAACUCGUCGUUCGAUCUCUUGUGUCAGACGUCGAGAACUUCGUCAUCGUCGUUGGACAAUAAGUUGGACGCGGAAUCGGAUGCCACGGCCUGGGAUGGAUGCAACCAAGUGCCCAAGGAGACUUCGUGGAUCAUAAAUAAAGCAUACGAUAGUGGACACGAUAAAUUCGCCAAUGUGAUCCAAUCCAAGUUGACACCAAAAUCCAAAUCCCUCUGUGAGGACCGUGCCGUCGUAUUCGAGUCCGAAUUCGACCAUAAAUUUAAAUCUGAUUCCAAGGAUAAAGUUAAGCUGGAAGCCAAGCCCGAAACUAGAUUUAUUUCCAAAUAUGACGAAACGUUUAAAUUCGACGCUGCAUCUGAAGAGAAUUCAAAAAUUAAAUUCGACCUCGUAUCAACAAUUAAUCCUGCAUCCAAUAGUAAUUUCACAGGCGAUAAGAAAAAAACAUUCAUUAAUCCCAAAGAUUUAGAGCUUAAUUCCGAAAGCACGUUUAACUUCCAACCCGGAACGGAAUCUAAACGGUCCAAUGUCGACCAAGAGCGAUAUCGCUCCGCCAGCACUUCGCCGCUGUUGCACAGCAAUUCGGAUGACAUGCUAGACUUUGUGAUGGUGUCGAAGGCAGGUGAGUUCGAGUGCGAGCAUGCAGCGGAAAACUCGAGGACGACUGAGAAGUGGCGUUCUUCUCAGGGCGGGCUAUCGAUAGACUCGAGCGAUGUGGGUGAUUCUAUGAUGGAGAACACUACGAUGAGCCUGAGCGAUGGUAGUCAAGCGGAAUCGACGGCGAGACUGUUCACCGGUAGCACAGUAUCGUUAGUAUCGAAUCCAAACAACGUGGAGAAUAACCCUCGGUGCUCGAUGGAGCGACGAAGAUUGCAGGAGCGAGGUCGAUCGUUGGACGAGAUGUCAAGCGAGACGAAGAGACGAGACGCUGCGGAUUGUCUGGUCACCACAAACAAGUCCACCGAAACCAUUAGCAACGCCUCGUCUCAAGAGUCUCUGUCCUCGGACCGCGGUGGUGGCUCGAUCACUUAUCAUCAGUACUACCACGUCUUUCGUGAGGGCGAGCUAGAUCAGCUGAUCAACAAAUAUGUCGAAAAUCUGCAUAUCAUCUCGUCGUACUACGACCAUGCCAGUUGGUGCGUUGUCGCGGAGAAAGUGCAGGUUUGGACUAUAUGACUUCGGAUAGAAAUCAUCGAAUGAAGGACCAGCGGCUACCGCGACUCGCAAAGUUGUACCGGGUGUCUCGAUACGAGAUGUCAAGAAGGGAUCAACUAGGUUCAACUUAUGAAAAUUUACACUCGCUUAGUUUCACUUCUUUCAGUUGUAAAAAUAAUUCUGAUCUCCGGAUCAAAAAAAAAAAAAAAUACGGGGGCCGCAGGGACUUAGAGGAAACUGGAUAUAAUUCUUAAAUUCUUUAAUUUCAUGAUUUAAAUUUUUUAGCCUUUAUAUUACAGAGACGGAUUGGGGAGAACUCUUACUUUUGAGACAAAAGUACUAAUCCCUCUUUUUGGGACACACAGUACACUCUGACGAAUGCCCCAAUCAUUGCGGUUAAUCGUUAAAAGCCUCGCUUCGAGUACCAGAUGAAUGACUCUAAAUCCGUGGAUCUAAGAGUCCAAGAAUCUGAAAAAUUUAGGGGUCCAAGAAUCCAAGGAUUUGAAGGCUCAAGGAUUUCAUAAUAAUACAAAUAUCCAAGAUCUAAAAUAAUUCACGAGUUGACUUUCUAACGAUCUGCUCUUGAAAACUGCAACGAUCUAUAUCGCUAUUAAAAUAUCGCUUUACGCUCGUUAAGCAUUCCUUACAUGUUUGUCUCAUCGUAAAGAGAUUUCUCUGUCCGUGACGUCGCUGAAGUAAUGCGCGACGCAAUAAUAUAGCAUCAACAAAGAAAACGAUGAAUGGUAUAAAUAACGAACCAACAAUUAAAAUAUCCAAAGGUAAGGGAACAUUUUAAUAAUAUAAAUGGCCAUAAUAUCUCUUUUAAUUAAUUAAUAUAUUAUUAAUUGCUGUAUCAAUAUUUCAUUUUUCAUGUCUGAUUUAUUCAACUUUAUUUUUGCUUCAGUGACGUUUAGGACUAUUUAUCUCAUUUUGAAUUCGCACAUUUCGGAACAACGAUUGCAGAGAGCACAAUUCUUCGAGAUAUGCCGAAAAAAGAAAGAUAAGAGAAAGUAAAUAAUAAGAAGAAAGAGAAAAUAAUAGGGUGAGAGGGGAAAAAGCAUUAUUUGCUCAAGAUAUUCGGCUUCUCGAAGGGUCGUGCAAUCUGAAUAUAUAUGCGUUUAAUAAGCGUAAAAUUCAGAAAUGGCAAUUGGCUCCCGGCUAUGGAGCGUAUUUUCUAUAGCUUCUCGAGGAACGGACAAUAUUCGAACGCUUGAACGUAGAUAUACCUCAAUAAUGCGACAUUCCACUUCCAAAAAUAUAUAUUUACACAUAUACACAUAAAUACGUAUUAGGGUGUCCCUUAAUUGUGCUUUGUUCAGUGAUUCGUAUAUGUCGAUGUUUAAGAUUAACGUUGGCAUUAAACUAUCGUCAACAUAUAUAAAUAAAAGGGUAAAAGAUACGAAAUAAUAAUAAAAAUAAUUUUUCGAAUUUAUACGACAUAAAAGAAAGCAAAGAUAGAAGAGAACAAACACACCCACAUUUGUUAUAUAAUUUAUAGGCAAGUAAAAGACAUCCUAAUACAUAUAUAAACACAUGGCAUACGUACAUACAUAUAAUACAUAUAUAUUAGGAUAUAAGGAUUCAAGGAUCCAAUAAUCUGAAUAUUGAAUGCUUAUAUUCUUGGAUUCUUCGCCCAAAAACUAUUAAUUUCUUAGAUUCUUAU